AUCUGCAGAUCCACAAUUGGUCAAGAGUGAACGAGAAACCAUGUGCAUUUUGGAGAGAUAGUUGGACAGAUACAGACAGACAGUUAUACUGAAGCUUUGCUACCGUUUGAGAUGAAAUAUUCAGUUGGUGUGUGUGCACUCUCCCUUCUGCUCUUCAUUGAGCUCCCCUCUUCCCUCACCCAAAAGUUGGCAUUCCAGCUCGUCUCUCUGCCCUCUAAAUCUGCCCUCGUUCUCCCCUGCCUUGCUCCUCCUGAAUUAUCCGAGGCCAGCAUCUCUUGGAAGUUUACCCCUCAAUCUCCGCCUGGCUCCCCCGCCAUUCUUCUCAGAUCUCCCCUGUCUGUCCAGGCAGUGGGAAAGAAGGAUGAGGGGACUUACACUUGUGUGAUUACAGGAUGGAAAGGUGACAGUCCAGUGAAGCUGAGGAACUCGUACACAGUCAUGGUUUUCGAAACCAGUGGUUUUGAGUUUGAGCUGCUGGGGGUGGCUGAGGGGGACGUGGGAAAAGAUGUGGAGCUGCCCUGCUCUCCACCGCCUGCCUCUCUUUAUUCCUCACAUUCUGGCUCCAGCCCUACGGCCGUGUGGUACAUUGAGACACAGAGCGGGCGGGAGAGGUUAUAUCCCAAGGAGGGAGAGACAAAUGAAGAUGGCAGAGUCCGUUGGGCUUCUCCCACAAACUUGAAGGGUGAUUGGUCAGUUAUAAUGAGUAAUGUCACUAUGGAGGAUUCGGGAGUAUACCAGUGUGAGUGGGCUGGAGGCAAGAGCCAGGAGAGCCAGCCGUGGUCACAUAAGGUGGAGCUCACUCUAAAAUACCCCCCAACUCAGUCACCCCCCCAGUGCCUUGGCCAUGAUGCACCAUGGGAAAAGUGUCCGGUGGACAGCAGUGCAAUAUCAGGGAGAAAAAUUCUGCAGGAAUCGCUGGGUGACUUCUCCUUCAAACUCUAUUCCCAUAUCCGCCAAUCAGACCAGUCCAAGAACAUGCUCUUCUCACCGAUCAGCAUCUUCUGGAUGCUCACACAUUUGCUUUUGGGUGCACGUGGAACAACGCAGGAGACUCUGGAGAGAGCCGUCUCUAUCCCACACUCAUUUGCCUGCCUUCACAAAGAGAUGAAGAGUUUGAGAGAGGAGAUGAGAGACAGUGUGGAAAUUGCAUCCAAGAUCUACCACAGCCCUGAGUUCAAGUUAAACCAGAUCUUCAUCAACCAAUCACAGCUCUUCUACGAUGCAGUGCCCGAGAAGCUGACCAAUGACAGUGAGCGGAAUGCAAAGAUGAUCAAUGACUGGGUGGCGGACAAGACAAACAAUAAAAUCACAGACCUGAUGGAUUCAGUCUCACCCACCACCAUUCUGAUGUUACUCAACACCGUCUACUUUAAUGGGAAAUGGAAGGUGAUGUUUGAUAAAAAGAUGAUGACAUCUCCCUUUGUUACACUGUCAGGAGAUAUGAUCACUGUACCUGUGUUAUACAGUGGAAAAUACAAGCUGAGCCAAAGAUACAAUACACAAGUCAAAGCUCAGGUGGCAGCAUUCCCUCUGUCCGGGAGGACUGUUCUAUACAUCUUGCUCCCAAAGUCCUCCUCUGCGGAGGACCUAGAAGAGCUGGAGAAGAGGCUGAAUGAAGACAACGUGAGGGAGAUGGUGAAAGAACUGGACAAGGUUCCAAAGGAGGUAACUGAGGUCACACUGCCUAAAAUCAAGCUCAGUAUCAAAACUGACCUGAUGGAGAUGCUGGACACACUGGGUCUGACAGAUCUCCCCUUUGAGCCUAAUCUGUGUGGCCUGUCGUCAGAAGAGAGAGUCCCGGCCCUCGCCCUGUCUGAAGCCCAGCACCGCGCCUUCCUCUCACUGACAGAGCAGGGGGUGGAGGCGGGGGCCGCAUCCUCCAUCUCCUUCUCUCGCUCCUUCUCCUCCUUCUCUGCCCUGCGGCCCUUUGUCCUUCUCCUGUGGAACGAGCAGAUUAAGAGUCCUCUGUUCCUCGGGAGAGUGACAGAGCCCUAAAAGAAGAGAUAGAGCGAAGGAUGGGGAGGAAGGAAGAAAGAAUGUAUCAGCAUGCAGGGAGGAGAGGGAGAGAGAUAAGGAGAAAGAUCUUUUUCAGCUGUAGCUGAAAGUCAUGUAGUCAUGUAGUCAUGUGUCUGAAGCAGUCAUCAUAAUUUGGAAAUGCAAUUUAAUGUGAUGAAUCAAAUCCGUAAAUACAGAUUAUAGCGAAACUGGCAACCAAUUUCAGAAAAAACGUGUCAUUUUCUUUUACUGCAAACAACGUAGACUCUUGAGAGUGAGAGAAGAAGCAGUUGUGGUGGAAUUAUAUUUUUGUAUCAUAUAUAAGUUUUAUAUAUGAUAUAAACUGUCAUCACUAUUUUCCAACUUACCUAAAGUAAUAACAAUUCUAUACUUUACAAUUAUUGACACAAGAAAUAGCUUUUCCAUAAUACAUCACUGGUUAAUCACACGGGGGCAUGAAACAUUAUUAGAUUUUGAGUUAUGGGACAAUUGCCGUUCAUGGAACUGUAUGAGGGCUUUGCAACAAGAAAGUAAAAGGUUUUUCCAUAACACCAACCAUGUAACAUUACAGUCUUUUAUCGAAACAAUAACAGAAUGAUGCCUGUUGAUUGUAAUGGCAAUUUCAAUGUCUUAUGCUGGACACCCAGCAAUAUUGAAAUAUUAGAAGGAAACACUGUGUAAUUAUAUGUAAUAAAGAAGUACAAUUUA